AUGCAGCCGGUUGCGAUGGAGAACGUUGGUCUCCUCUCCUCUCACUCUCCGCCGAUUUCCACCCCACCCCACCCCACUCACACCCAGCCCCACCACGGACGGCCCCCACCCCACUCUCUCAGUCUCUCUGACCGGCGACCAAAUCUCCGGCCAGUCCUCUCCGCUCGAACCUCUCCUGCUCUCCAGUCUCCACAUCCGCUCUCCUCUCGAUCUCGCAGCGACACAGCCGAUCGAGUCGAUCGACAACGGUCAACGGCUAACUCUGCCACUACCGUGGUGAUGGAUUCAAGCAAUUUUGAUUUCACGCUUGGUAGGGAACUUGAGGAUGAUGUUGUAGAUGUUGAAGAAGUUGAAGAAGUUGAACUUGGAGAUAAUGCAAGUUCAAACGCCACGGCUAUUGAGUACUUGAAACGGAAAACAAUGGAUUGGAAAAGGAUUGUCUUGGAGCAUGAGUAUAUACAUAUGCGAUGUUGUGCACAUAUUUUGAAUCUUAUUGUUGUUGAGGGGUUGAAAGAUACUAGUAAGUCUAUUCUCUGUGUUCGUGAUGUUGUGAGGUAUGUAAGAUCUUCUCCACAAAGAAUGGAGACAUUUAAUAAGUGUGUGGAGAAGGAGAAAAUUAAGUCGAAACAAACUGUGUGUCUUGAUGUGUGUACUCGGUGGAAUUCCACUUACUUAAUGUUAGAAGUAGCCAUCAAGUUUGAGAAGGCAUUCCAAAGAAUGGGGGAGGAAGAUAGUAGUUUCAUAAAAUUUUUUGGCAUAAAGGAAGGCGAUGAGGAUUUCUCAUUGAAGUUGGAGGGCCAAGGUGGGAGCCAUAUGAUUAGUGUCCCAACUCCAAGAUAACCAACUAUCCCAAACAAGCUUGAUUGGAAGAAG